AGGGGGCGCCGGCGCCCUCGGGGUGGCGGGAGGUGAGGGGUCGCGUGGGACUCUUGAGUGCAGAGAAGUUCGGCGCCAACCUCGGGGACGGGACGUGCUGUCCUGCCUCAGUCUAGAUGCCGGGCUUUCCCUUUGCUUGGGCAUUAGGUGGCCAAGAGAGCUUGAUACUGUCUCCAGGCUGGAAUUCCGGUUAUGGGGACGCAAAACAGUUGGUUCCCAGCCCUCAUUGGGGGUGAACUCGGGAAAGGUAGCCUAGAGUUGUGGCCCAUCCUGGGGCUGGGAAGGUCCCUCUGCCGACCCUCCCACAGUGACCCCACGCCGACCGACUGUGCGGAGAGAGCUUGUGGUUCAGGGAAGAGUGGGUGUUUGCUGGACUUGGGGCCUUUUGUUUUGAUUUAGGAUUGUCCUUAAUUUGUGCUGUUAGGAGUAAGUCAGGACCUUAUCGGACUUCAAAGGCCUUUCAGUGGUGAUAUAUUUCCGUACUGGGCUUUAGGAGAGGUGUGGGGCUUGGUUUCAUGGGGAGGUGGUCUGGUGGCUCUGUUUACAAUAUAAGAUGUGAAGUAGUGUUGACUGGUAGAUUAUGGGUCACCCACUGGCAGGGAUCGAAGUUCUGGGAUUGUUUUGAAGUGGAGAAACUGGAGCUUUUUAGCCUCGUGCUGGUAUUUCCAGUUCAAUGGCUAUGAUGACAUGUUUGUGCGGCAUGAGUUGUUCUUUCCCUGGAUUAGGUAGACUGUUCUAGCCUGAGAUUUGGUCCUCAUAACUUACUUUGUGUUCAUUAGAGGGAGGGCAAUUAGUGUUAUUGAGUGCCUGCAUCUUUUUGUCUGUUCACUGGGAUUGGUGAUGGCAUUGUUUGAAGCAUUGCUGUUACCUUUGGCAGAAUCACUCUUUGGACGUUCUACUUAGUUCCUGGUGAAACUUAACAAAAUUUUGUUAUGAAUUCACCUUAUUGAGUUGGUAGGAUUAGAGUGUCAUGUGUGGAGAGGGGAAUGUUUUUGCAUUCUGUAUUGCUCUGUGUUGUGUUAUGCACUUGCUAGACAUAAUUACCACUUGUCUCUGAUAGGUUGGUGAGAAGCAAAUGAAAUCAUGUACCUACACUGUGGAUGAAAGCACACUAGUGCAAUGUGCAAAUUAAAUGUUUUCCUUUACCUAUCAGGAGAGAAUAUUUACACUGGGAACAGCUGUGCUGAAUUAGGAAGUCAGGAAACUGGGGAUGAGUCUUUUCUCAUGAAACACGGCCUCUGUAUUGAUAGGAUCUUGUGAUAGAGGAGAUAUGUGAAGAUUAUUAGCUUAUAACAACCAAUGGUAUUGUUCCGAUAUGGAAUAAAUGGUUGGAGGGAGACAAUCUAUUGCAGUGGGACCAAAUAAGUUAAUUAACAAGUAUAUGGAUUGAACCUGUAUUCUUGAUCUUAGCUGCUCAGUACUCCCAUUUAUUCAUGUAGUCAUAUCACUAUUUCAUGUAAAAGCCAUAUCUACUCCUUCAUCUCUUACCUUCUUUCUUACUCCCAAAAUUUAAUAUAAAAUACUCUUCUCAUUGACAGUGAGGAAUUGAAAUUGUAUGGGGAAAAAAUGGUGGUGAUUACAUCCUGUAGUAAUUCAGAUAUAUGAAAGGAAUUGCAAGGUUAAGAGCGUCACCUUUUAACUCAGCCUAUUCCACAUAAUGACCAAUUAACAUCCAGCCUCAGAUAUUUUCAUUUUAAAUCUCUAUAGAACAUCAAAACAAUGUCAAAUGUAAAUUUGUUAUUGAAUAUUUACUGAAAACUGUAAUGAUAGUUAUGAAUCAUUUGCUUUAGUCUUGUGUCUUUGGAUCUUGAUCUCUUCUUAUCACAUUGAUGAUUUCCCAGAACACACGAGAGCCUCUAUAGUAGAAUUUUCAAUAGAAAAAGGCCAAAAAAUAUGGAUCCAUAAUCUGGUAUUCUUUUCACACUAUUGAAAAAAAGAUUUUCAAUGCUUCCCCUAAACAGAGACAUGUGAUUGGGAGAUUUCUCCAUCUUGGAUGUUUCCAUCAUGAGAGGACAGAUCAUCUAUGACUGAAUGUCACCUUUCCUACUGUUCUUGUGAAUGAUGCACUUCAUGCACAGUAUGAUUCAGCAGUGCUAUUUUGCACAAGGAAUUACUACAGAACAAAAUACCAGAUCAAGACACACGUUGACAAGUCAAAAAGCUGAUGUUAAAAUUAAGACUUCUAGGGUGACUGAUGCUUCAAUCUCCAUGGAAUCUUUAAAAGGUGCAGGUGAUUCCGUAGAUGAACAGAAUUCCUGCAGGGGAGAAAUAAAGAAUGUAUCAUUGAAGGAUUUAUGUCUUGAAGACAAAAGACGCAUAGCAAACUUAAUUAAAGAACUGGCCAGAGUAAGCGAGGAAAAGGAAGUGACAGAGGAACGACUAAAAGCUGAGCAGGAAUCAUUUGAGAAGAAGAUCAGGCAGUUGGAAGAACAGAAUGAACUGAUCAUCAAAGAAAGGGAAGCUCUUCAGCUACAGUAUAGAGAAUGCCAAGAACUUCUAAGCCUCUAUCAGAAAUACCUAUCAGAACAGCAGGAGAAGCUCACCAUGUCACUUUCAGAACUUGGUGCAGCUAGAAAGCAGGAACAGCAGGUAUCCAAUAGGAAAAGCACUCUCCGGUCUUCAUCUAUGGAACUUGAUGGUUCCUAUUUGAGUGUUGCCAGACCACAAACCUACUAUCAAACCAAGCAGAGACCUAAGUCUGCAAAUCAGGUUUCAGCUUCAGAAUCCUUGAUGGAGUUUAGGAAUAAUUCUUUGAAACCAAUAACCCUUCAUCAUUCCAAAGAAGGUCUAAAUAGGGUGCCACAAGAGACCAGAACAUGUAAUUAUGAAUCUCCAGGGAGAAAACCAAUGGAUGCAGUCCCAACAGAAAAAGCUCUACCAGAAGAACUGAAGAUGAAGGAAUGUCCACACCUUAUGCCUAGUCUAACUAGUCAGUGUUGUGGUCAUAGACUUUCUGAAGAAAUAGAUCAUGUUCAUGAGAGACAUCCUACAAACAUAGCCCCUCAACAUCCUAAAACACAUGCAGAAUCCUGCAGUUAUUGUGGCCUUUCUUGGACAUCUCUGAUGCAUGGUGGAAGGACACUGCAACCCAGUGAAACUAAUUUCAAAAAGCAGCUCUCAGAAGAUAGGAGGCAGCAACUGAUGCUUCAGAAAAUGGAGCUGGAAAUUGAAAAGGAGCGCCUUCAGCAUCUGCUGGCCCAGCAGGAGACAAAGCUUCUCCUAAAGCAGCAGCAGCUUCACCAGUCUCGACUGGAUUAUAAUUGGUUAAGAACUCAAGCUGUGUUUAAAUCAAGAGAACUGAUUGCUGACAAAGAGCUCAUGAAAGCCCGAGAACUCAAUCUGGAUAUGAAUGGGAGUGACUGUGUACCAAGUUUAUUAAAGUCAAAAUGCAAUGGCUGGCUGCUUGGAAUAUCACCAUCCAUUAAAAAGUACCAAGACUUCCCGAACAGUGGAGAGAAUAGGAAGGAGAAGAAGAUAGUUGGGUUUCAGUCACAUAUGGAUGAUGCCGUGGGUACAUGUCAGAAGGAAGAUACAUAUAGAUCCCCAAAAGGGACAGUAACAGGAGUUAGAAAAGAUGCAUCCACAUCUCCUAUGCCAACAGGAAGCCAAAAGGAGCUUGUGAUCACAGCCCCAUCAUCAGUCCAACACAACACCUCCCGGUAUGAGACAUCUCUGUUGGAUUUGGUUCAGUCUCUGAGCCCAAAGUUGGCUCCCAAACCUCAGCCCCGUCCCUCCAGAGGAGCUGGGGCCUGGAAUCACAGUACUUUCCGACUCAGUCCUCCAAGAUCCAUCUGGAAGAAGACUGGGAUGUGCAGGACCCCUGAAGACCUGGAGGAGAAUCAAAUUCUGGAAGAUAUAUUUUUCAUUUGACUCUGAAGCACAUGCUGCAAAAUUGCUAUAGGAAAUUUGUAGGUUUCUUCACAUACUGAUCUAGGAUUUUAAAUUAUUUGAUUGCAAAGUAAUUGUAUCUCUCCUUUCACAAAGAACUAUCUCACUAGCAUCCUGUUAUGUAUUGAAUAUAGAAAUCAUUCUAACAA